UAUUUCAUCGGUAGCAAAGUAGGAUCUUACCACACUACAGACUCAUCUGCAUACAAUCCCAGCAAUUUUCAAUUCUCAAAAUUGUUACAUUCACCCCGAUCGCAUGCUCUGAGCCCUUGAGCCUCUUUCAUUGUUUCUCCUACUAUGUUUAAUUGUCGCACUAGAAAUCAGGUCCUUCCUCACUUGAGUGUUUAGUGAUGUUAAGAUGACAUCUAGCACCGCCAGUUUUCGGGCUCCAGGCAUGUUUGGGUGCGAAUUCUGUCCAAAGGUCCUGCCUACUAAAGGGUCUUUGAAUCGUCAUCGGAACACUCACAUACGACCAUACAAGUGUGAUAUAUGCCAAACUGGUUUUGCUUUGCGCAGCGAUUUACGACGCCACGAAGGCAAGCAUGGAAGUGUGGAUCCACAAUACAUGUGCAAGUGGCCUGAAUGUGACUUCAAAGGAUCGGCACGGAAAGACAAUCUGCUGAGGCAUAUGAGAAAUGUGCACUCAGAAGUAGUUACCACUAGCGAAAAAGACACUUGCAAUGCCAAUAUCUUACGGGAUGCUUACGAUGACGCCGUUCAAAAUCAGAAGGAGUCUGAGAAAAGUCUCACUAUUCUGAAGCUCGUGCAAGGUGGGAAUGUUACUUCGCUCGAGUUGCUGCUGCACGAAGGAGGAAAUGUUACGGAGACCACUGACACCGGAAAAACCGCACUGCACGUAGCUGCCUUUAAUGGCCAUUUGAAAAUUGUCAAACUCCUUCUCAAUAGGAAUAUCGAGCACAACGCGAAGGACUCGGCUGGAAGAUCUGCACUUCAUGAUGCUGCUAGAGGCGGACACUCUCAAAUCUUCCGAGAGCUCAUUGCUGCGGGAUUGAAUUUAUUUGAUAGAAACAACAAUGAUGAAGAUCCAUUGUGUGAAGCGUGCCGCAACGGGCAUCGAUAUCUCGUGCAAGAAAUACUCGAAAUGCAAACGCAGCUCAGGUCAAGAAAUGACUCGCCAUUAACUUCUACUCCGUUGAUCACUCAAUCAACAUCCCACGAGUACCUUAAUUGGGUCAAAUCCGUCGGUCUGCAAAAAUGCCUCAAACUGGCAAUUGAAAAUGGACACCGUGCUAUAACCGAGGCUAUUCUUUUUCAACACUUCGACAGCAACGAGGAAUAUCAUCUGGCAUAUGCUCUUCAGAAAGCUGUAAGUAUGCGAGACUAUCAGCUUGUUGUCUCAAUCCUCCAGCAAAAAGAUCGAUUAAGUCUGCGGGUCUGUUUCCGCACAUUUAGACUUGCUGCUACACACAGAGAUAUCCCCAUCAUGAACACACUGUUUGAGGAGGCAAUCCGACCCAAAGUCGGAGUUGAUAUGAAGAAACUGCGGAUCCUGCUUCUACGGAUGGCUGCUAGUGACAAUGAUGAUGCAGUUCGAUUUCUCAUUGGAAAAGGGGCGAAUUUAAAUUACCAAUCUGGUGGACAUCGGAUUACACCUCUACACGUAGCUUCUAGCCGUGGCAAAUUGACAAUCGCUACUGCACUACUUGAAGGGGGGGCUCACGUGGAUCUCCUGAGUUCCAAGGGUACAGCGCUUUCCAUGGCCAUACGCAGCCGAGGAAAUAAAGAAGUUGUCGCUUUAUUGGUUGAAGCUGGAGCUAACGUCAAUGUUUCCGUCAAAUAUCGAGGUACAGCUCUUCAAGAGGCUAUUAAGAUAGGAGAUAAGGAAAUAAUUGAAUUGUUGAUCGAAAAAGGAGCGGAUAUCAAUGCUUCUGCUAAUAUUUGGUCUGGCACAGCUCUUCAAGAGGCUGCUAAGAAAGGAGACAAGGAAAUAAUUGAAUUGUUGAUCGAAAAGGGAGCGGAGAUCAAUGCUCCGAGGAGUACUUAUUAUGGAAGAGGAACAGCACUUCAAGAGGCUAUUAUAAAAGGAGAUAAGGAGAUAAUUGAUUUGUUGAUCGAAAAGGGAGCGGAGAUCAAUGCUCCUGGUAAUCGUUGUUCUGGGACAGCACUUCAAGAGGCUGUUAAGAAAGGGGAUGAAGCAAUAGUUCACUUGUUGAUACAAAAUGGAGCUGAGAUUAACGCUCCCGCUAAUGAUCGUUCUGGUACAGCACUUCAAGAGGCUGUUAAGAAAGGGGAUGAAGCAAUAGUUCACUUGUUGAUACAAAAUGGAGCUGAGAUUAACGCUCCCGCUAAUGAUCGUUCUGGUACAGCACUUCAAGAGGCUGUUAAGAGAGGGAAUGAAUGGAUCAUUAUAAAAUUGAUUCAACUUAAUGCUGAUAUCAAUGCUCCGGCUAAUCCUUGUUCUGGUACAGCACUUCAAGAGGCUGCUAAGAGAGGGAAUGAAUGGAUUAUCACACAGUUGAUCCAACUUGGUGCUGAUGUCAACGCUCCAAGAACCCCAGGACCAGAUUGGCACCCUAAUCCUGGUGUUGCCAUUCAAGAAGCUGUAAGAAGCGGAAAUCAAACGAUUGUGGAUAUAUUGCUACUAGCUGGAGCUAAUGUCAAAGUCCCAGCUAGCAAAAAUUGUGGCACGCCUUUGCAGGAAGCUGUAAGAAAUGGUAAUGAGUAUAUGGUCAAACAGUUGAUCGACCUCGGUGUUGAUGUCAAUGCUUCGGCUGUGGAUUCAUCGACAUUUUUUUUUCGGGGUAAUCGUAAUCCGGAAAUUGCAAUUCGGGAGGCUGUAAAGGAAGGAAACCAGAAGAUGCUGGAUAUGCUUAUUCAGGCUGGAGCAGUCGACCCUGAGGAAGGUUAA